AUGUCUCUCCACAGUCCUACUAGUGCCAUCCUGUCUAAUUUUCUUGUGUCUCUGUUUCUGCCAUCCUGUCUCUAUUCACCUCCAAGCCUGUCUCUGUUUCUGCCAUCCUGUUUCUAUUCACCCCCCAAGCCUGUCUCUGUUUCUGCCAUCCUGUCUCUAUUCACCCCACAGCCUGUCUCUCUUUCUGCAUCCUGUCUCUGUUUCUGCCAUCCUGUCUCUAUUCACCCCACAAGCCUGUCUCUGUUUCUGCCAUCCCUGUCUCUAUUCACAUCCAAAGCCUGUCUCUGUUUCUGCCAUCCUGUCUCUAUUCACCCCCAGCCUGUCUCUGUUUCUGCCAUCCUGUCUCUAUUCACCCCCAAGCCUGUCUCUGUUUAUUCUGCCCAGCCUGUCUCUAUUCACAUCCUGUCCCUAUUCCUGUCUCUGUUUCUCCUGUCCAUCCUGUCUCUAUUCAUCUUCCAGCCUGUCUCUGUUUCUGCCAUCCUGUCUCUAUUCACCCCCCCAGCCUGUCUCUGUUUCUGCCAUCCUGUCUCUAUUCACCCCCCCAAGCCUGUCUCUGUUUCUGCCAUCCUGUCUCUAUUCACCCCCCCAGCCUGUCUCUGUUUCUGCCAUCCUGUCUCUAUUCACCCCCAAGCCUGUCUCUGUUUAUGCCAUCCUGUCUCUAUUCACCCAUCCUGUCUCUGUUUCUGCCAUCCUGUCUCUAUUCACCUCCCCAGCCUGUCUCUGUUUCUGCCAUCCUGUCUCUAUUCACCCCCAAGCCUGUCCUGUCUGUUUCUGCCAUCCCUGUCUCUAUUCAACCCCCAAGCCUGUCUCUGUUUCUGCCAUCCUGUCUCUAUUCACCCCCAAGCCUGUCUCUGUUUCUGCCAUCCUGUCUCUAUUCACCCCCCCUCGCCCAAGCCUGUCUCUGUUUCUGCCAUCCUGUCUCUAUUCACCUUCCAGCCUGUCAUCCUGUCUCUAUUCACCCCCCCAAGCCUGUCUCUGUUUCUGCCAUCCUGUCUCUAUUCACCCCCCAAGCCUGUCUCUGUUUCUGCCAUCCUGUCUCUAUUCACCCCCCAAGCCUGUCUCUGUUUCUGCCAUCCUGUCUCUAUUCACCUCCCAGCCUGUCUCUGUUUCUGCCAUCCUGUCUCUAUUCACCCCCAAGCCUGUCUCUGUUUCUGUUUCUGCCAUCCUCUGUUCUCCUUCACCAUUCCCCCCAAGCCUGUCUCUGUUUCUGCCAUCCUGUCUCUAUUCACCCCCCAAGCCUGUCUCUGUUUCUGCCAUCCUGUCUCUAUUCACCCCCAAGCCUGUCUCUGUUUCUGCCAUCCUGUCUCUAUUCACCUCCAAGCCUGUCUCUGUUUCUGCCAUCCUGUCUCUAUUCACCCCAAGCCUGUCAUGCCAUCCUGUCUCUAUUCACCUCCUAGCCUGUCUCUGUUUCUGCCAUCCUGUCUCUAUUCACCUCCCAGCCUGUCUCUGUUUCUGCCAUCCUGUCUCUAUUCACCCCACAAGCCUGUCUCUGUUUCUGCCAUCCUGUCUUUAUUCACCCCACAAGCCUGUCUCUGUUCUGCCAUCCUGUCCAUUCCUGUCUCUAUCCUGUCUCUAUUCACCCCCAAGCCUGUCUCUGUUUCUGCCAUCCUGUCUCUAUUCACCUCCCAGCCUGUCUCUGUUUCUGCCAUCCUGUCUCUAUUCACCCCCCAAGCCUGUCUCUGUUUCUGCCAUCCUGUCUCUAUUCACCUCCCAGCCUGUCUCUGUUUCUGCCAUCCUGUCUCUAUUCACCCCCCAAGCCUGUCUCUGUUUCUGCCAUCCUGUCUCUAUUCACCCCCAAGCCUGUCUCUGUUUCUGCCAUCCUGUCUCUAUUCACCUUCCAGCCUGUCUCUGUUUCUGCCAUCCUGUCUCUAUUCACCCCCAAGCCUGUCUCUGUUUCUGCCAUCCUGUCUCUAUUCACCCCCAGCCUGUCUCUCCUGUUUCUGCCAUCCUGUCUCUAUUCAAUGUCUCUGUUUCUGCCAUCCUGUCUCCUAUUCACCCCCCAGCCUGUCUCUGUUUCUGCCAUCCUGUCUCUAUUCACCUCCCCAGCCUGUCUCUGUUUCUGCCAUCCUGUCUCUAUUCACCCCCCAGCCUCUCCUGUGUCUCUAUUCACCCCCAGCCUGUCUCUGUUUCUGCCAUCCUGUCUCUAUUCACCCCAGCCUGUCUCUGUUUCUGCCAUCCUGUCUCUCUAUUCACCCCCAAGCCUGUUCUGUUUCCAUCCUGUCUCUAUUCACCCCCAGCCUGUCUCUGUUUCUGCCAUCCUGUCUCUAUUCACCCCCAAGCCUGUCUCUGUUUCUGCCAUCCUGUCUCUAUUCACCUCCCAGCCUGUCUCUGUUUCUCUGCCAUCCUGUCUCUAUUCACCCCCAGCCUGUCUCUGUUUCUGCCAUCCUGUCUCUAUUCACCCCCCCCAAGCCUGUCUCUGUUUCUGCCAUCCUGUCCAUCCUGUCUCUAUUCACCUCCAUCCUGUCUCUGUUUCACCCCCAAGGCUGUCUCUGUUUCUGCCAUCCUGUCUCUAUUCACCUCCCAGCCUGUCUCUGUUUCUGCCAUCCUGUCUCUAUUCACCCCCCCAGCCUGUCUCUGUUUCUGCCAUCCUGUCUCUAUUCACCCCCAGCCUGUCUCCUGUUUCUAAGCCAUCCUGUCUCUAUUCACUCUGUCCUGUCUCUGUUUUCACCCCCCAUCCUGUCUCUGUUUCUGCCAUCCUGUCUCUAUUCACCCCCCCAAGUCUGUCUCUCCUGUUUCUAUUCCAUCCUGUUUCUCAUCUCUCACCCCCAAGCCUGUCUCUGUUUCUGCCAUCCUGUCUCUAUUCACCUCCCAGCCUGUCUUGUUUCUGCCAUCCUGUCUCUUAUUCACCCCCCCAAGCCUGUCUCUGUUUCUGCCAUCCUGUCUCUAUUCACCUCCCAGCCUGUCUCUGUUUCUGCCAUCCUGUCUCUAUUCACCCCCCAGCUGUCUCUGUUUCUGCCAUCCUGUUCUAUUCACCUCCCAGCCAUCCUGUCUCUAUUCACCCCCCAAUUCACCCCACAGCCUGUCUCUGUUUCUGCCAUCCUGUCUCUAUUCACCUCCCAGCCUGUCUCUGUUUCUGCCAUCCUGUCUCUAUUCACCCCCAAGCCUGUCUCUGUUUCUGCCAUCCUGUCUCUAUUCACCCCCAAGCCUGUCUCUGUUUCUGCCAUCCUGUCUCUAUUCACCUCCCAGCCUGUCUCUGUUUCUAUUCAUCCUGUCUCUAUUCAGCCUGUCUCUGUUUCUGCCAUCCUGUCUCUAUUCACCUUACAGCCUGUCUCUGUUUCUGCCAUCCUGUCUUAUUCACCCCCAGCCUGUCUCUUUCUGCCAUCCUGUCUCUAUUCACCCCCCAAGCCUGUCUCUGUUCGUCCAUCCUGUCUCUAUUCACCUCCCAGCCUGUCUCUGUUUCUGCCAUCCUGUCUUUAUUCACCUCCAAGCCUGUCUCUGUCUAUGCCAUCCUGUCUCUGUUUCUGCCAUCCUGUCUCAAUUCACCUCCCAGCCUGUCUAUGUUUCUGCCAUCCUGUCUCUAUUCACCCACAAGCCUGUCUCUGUUUCUGCCAUCCUGUCUCUAUUCACCUCCUAGCCUGUCUCUGUUUCUGCCAUCCUGUCUCUAUUCACCCCCAAGCCUGUCUCUGUUUCUGCCAUCCUGUCUCUAUUCACCUCCCAGCCUGUCUCUGUUUCUGCCAUCCUGUCUCUAUUCACCUCCCAGCCUGUCUCUGUUUCUGCCAUCCUGUCUCUAUUCACCUUCCAGCCUGUCUCUGUUUCUGCCAUCCUGUCUCUAUUCACCCCCAAGCCUGUCUCUGUUUCUGCCAUCCUGUCUCUAUUCACCUCCCAGCCUGUCUCUGUUUCUGCCAUCCUGUCUCUAUUCACCCCAUCCUGUCUCUGUUUCUGCCAUCCUGUCUCUAUUCACCUCCCAGCCUGUCUCUGUUUCAAAUAUCACCCCCAAGCCUGUCUCUGUUUCUGCCAUCCUGUCUCUAUUCACCCCCCUGUCUCUGCCUCCUGUCUCUGUUUCUGCCCAUCCUGUCUCUAUUCACCCCCCCUGUCUCUUUCUGCCUGUCUCUGUUUCUGCCAUCCUGUCUCUAUUCACCCCCCAGCCUGUCUCUGUUUCUGCCAUCCUGUCUCUAUUCACCCCCCAGUCUGUCUCUGUUUCUGCCAUCCUGUCUCUAUUCACCCCCCAGCCUGUCUCUGUUUCUGCCAUCCUGUCUCUUUCACCUCCCCAAGCCUGUCUCUGUUUCUGCCAUCCUGUCUCUAUUCACCUCCCAGCCUGUCUCUGUUUCUGCCAUCCUGUCUCUAUUCACCCCAAUAAGCCUGUCUCUGUUUCUGCCAUCCUGUCUCUAUUCACCUAAGCCUGUCUCUGUUUCUGCCAUCCUGUCUCUAUUCACCCCCCCCAGCCUGUCUCUGUUUCCCAUCCUGUCUCUAUUCACCUCCCAAGCCUGUCUCUGUUUCUGCCAUCCUGUCUCUAUUCACCCCCAGCCUGUCUCUGUUUCUGCCAUCCUGUCUCUAUUCACCCCCAGCCUGUCUCUGUUUCUGCCAUCCUGUCUUUAUUCACCCUCCACAAGCCUGUCUCUGUUUCUGCCAUCCUGUUUAUUCACCCCCCAAGCCUGUCUCUGUUUUCCUGUCUCUAUUCCCCAGUCUCUGUUUCUGCCAUCCUGUCUCUAUUCACCUCCCAGCCUGUCUCUGUUUCUGCCAUCCUGUCCUGUCUCUGUUUCUGCAUCCUGUCUUAUUCACCUACCAGCCUGUCUCUGUUUCUGCCAUCCUGUCUAUUCACCUCCCAGCCUGUCUCUGUUUCUGCCAUCCUGUCUCUAUUCACCCCCAGCCUGCUCUGUCUCUGUUUCUGCCAUCCUGUCUCUAUUCACCCCCCAGCCUGUCUCUGUUUCUGCCAUCCUGUCUCUAUUCACCCCCAAGCCUGUCCUGUUUCCUGCCAUCCUGUCUCUCUGUUUCUGUCUCUAUUCACCCCCAGCCUGUCUCUGUUUCUGCCAUCCUGUCUCUAUUCACCCCCCAGCCUGUCUGUUUCUGCCAUCCUGUCUCUAUUCACCCCCAGCCUGUCUCUGUUUCUGCCAUCCUGUCUCUAUUCACCUCCCAGCCUGUCUCUGUUUCUGCCAUCCUGUCUCUAUUCACCCCCCUGUCUCUGUUUCCCAUCCUGUCCUAUUCAAGCCUGUCUCUGUUUCUCCUGUCUCUAUUCACCCCCAAGCCUUUUCUGCCAUCCUGUCUCUAUUCACCUCCUGUCUCUAUUCACCCCCAAGCCUGUCUCUGUUUCUGCCAUCCUGUCUCUAUUCACCUCCCCAGCCUGUCUCUGUUUCUGCCAUCCUGUCAAUUCUCUGUUUCCCCCAUCCUGUCUCAUUCACCUCCCAGCCUGUCUCUGUUUCUGCCAUCCUGUCUCUAUUCACCCCCCAAGCCUGUCUCUGUUCCUCCUGUCUCUAUUCACCCCCCAGCCUGUCUCUGUUUCUGCCAUCCUGUCUCUAUUCACCCCCCAAGCCUGUCUCUGUUCUGCCAUCCUGUCUCACCCCAGCCUGUCUCUGUUUCUGCCAUCCUGUCUCUAUUCACCCCCCAAGCCUGUCUCUGUUUCUGCCAUCCUGUCUCUAUUCACCCCACAAGCCUGUCUCUGUUUCUGCCAUCCUGUCUCUAUUCACCUCCCAGCCUGUCUCUGUCUGUCCUGUCUCUAUUCACCUCCAGCCUGUCUCUGUUUCUGCCAUCCUGUCUCUAUUCCCCCCCAAGCCUGUCUCUGUUUCUGCCAUCCUGUCUCUAUUCACCCCCAAGCCUGUCUCUGUUUCUGCAUCCUGUCUCUAUUCACCCCAGCCUGUCUCUUUUCUGCCAUCCUGUCUCUAUUCACCCCCCAGCCUGUCUCUGUUUCUGCCAUCCUGUCUCUAUUCACCCCCCAGCCUGUCUGUCUCUCCUGUUCUCUGCCAUCCUGUCUCUAUUCACCUCCCAGCCUCUCUCUGUUUCUGCCAUCCUGUCUCUAUUCACCACCCCCCAAGCCUGUCUCUGUUUCUGCCAUCCUGUCUCUAUUCACCACCACCCAAAGCCUGUCUCUGUUUCUGCCAUCCUGUCUCUAUUCACCCCCAAGCCUGUCUCUGUUUCUGCCAUCCUGUCUCUAUUCACACCCCAAGCUUGUCUCUGUUCUGCCAUCCUGUCUCUAUUCACCCCCCAAGCCUGUAUCUGUUUCUGCCAUCCUGUCUCUAUUCACCCCCCAGCCUGUCUCUGUUUCUGUCCUUCUGUCUCUGUUUCUGCCAUCCUGUCUCUAUUCACCCCCCCUGUCCUGUCUCUGUUUCCCAUCCUGUCUCUAUUCCCCAAGCCUGUCUCUGUCACCUGCCAGCCUGUCUCUGUUUCUGCCAUCCUGUCUCUAUUCACCUCCCAGCCUGUCUCUGUUUCUCCAUCCUGUCUCUAUUCACCUCCCAGCCUGUCUCUGUUUCUGCCAUCCUGUCUCUAUUCCCCCAAGCCUGUCUCUGUUUCUGCCAUCCUGUCUCAUCCUGUCUCUGUUUCUGCCAUCCUGUCUCUAUUCACCCUCCCAGCCUGUCUCUGUUUCUGCCAUCCUGUCUCUAUUCACCCCCAGCCUGUCUCUGUUUCUGCCAUCCUGUCCACCCCCCCCCCUGUCUCUAUUCACCCCCCCCCUCUGUUUCUGCCAUCCUGUCUCUAUUCACCCCCAGCCUGUCUCUGUUUCUGCCAUCCUGUCUCUAUUCACCCCCCAGCCUGUCUCUGUUUCUGCCAUCCUGUCUCUAUUCACCCCCCAAGCCUGUCUCUGUUUCUGCCAUCCUGUCUCUAUCCCCCCAAGCCUCUCUAUUCAUCCUGUCUCUAUUCCCUCCCAGCCUGUCUCUGUUUCUGCCAUCCUGUCUCUAUUCACCCCCCAAGCCUGUCUCUGUUUCUGCCAUCCUGUCUCUUUUCACCCCCCUGAGCCUGUCUCUGUUUCUGCCAUCCUGUCUCUAUUCACCCCCCCAGCCUGUCUCUGUUUCUGCCCCCUCUAUUCACCCCCAAGCCUGUCUCUGUUUCUGCCAUCCUGUCUCUAUUCACCCCCCUCCUCCUGUCUCUAUUCACCCCCCUAUCCUCUCUGUUCCCAUCCUGUCUCUGUUUCUGCCAUCCUGUCUCUAUUCACCCCCCAGACUGUCUCUGUUCCUGUCCAUCACCCCCCUCAAGCCUCUCUAUUCACCUCCCAAGCCUGUCUCUGUUUCUGCCAUCCUGUCUCUAUUCACCUUCCAAGCCUGUCUCUGUUUCUGCCAUCCUGUCUCUAUUCACCCCCCAAGCCUGUCCUGUUUCAGCCUGUCCUCUCUUUCACUGCCUGUCUCUGUUUCUGCCAUCCUGUCUCUAUUCACCCCCCCUCGCCCAAGCCUGUCUCUGUUUCUGCCAUACUGUCUCUAUUCACCUCCCAGCCUGUCUCUGUUUCUGCCAUCCUGUCUCUAUUCACCCCGCAAGCCUGUUUUUGUUUCUGCCAUCCUGUCUUCUAUUCACCCCCCCUCCCUGUCUCUGUUUCUGCCAUCCUGUCUCUUCACCCCCAAGCCUGUCUAUUCACCUGUCUCUAUUCACCUCCAGCCUGUCUCUGUUUCUGCCAUCCUGUCUCUAUUCACCCCGCAAGCCUGUCUUUGUUUCUGCCAUCCUGUCUCCAUUCCCCUGUCUCUGUUUCUGCCAUCCUGUCCCCCCCAAGCCUGUCUCUGUUUCUGCCAUCCUGUCUCUAUUCACCUCCCAGCCUGUCUCUGUUUCUGCCAUCCUGUCUCUAUUCACCCCGCAAGCCUGUCUCUGUUUCUGCCAUCCUGUCUCUAUUCACCCCCCCCGAGCCUGUCUCUGUAUCUGCAUCCUGUCUCUAUUCACCCCCCAGACUGUCUCUGUUUCUGCCAUCCUGUCUCUAUUCCCCCCUCCCCAAGCCUGUCUCUAUUUCUGCCAUCCUGUCUCUAUUCACCCCACAAGCCUGUCUCUGUUUCUGCCAUCCUGUCUCUAUUCACCCCCCAAGCCUGUCUCUGUUUCUGCCAUCCUGUCUCUAUUCACCCCCCAAGCCUGUCUCUGUUCUGCCAUCCUGACUUUAUUCACCUCCCAGCCUGUCUCUGUCUCUGUUUAUGCCAUCCUGUCUCUGUUUCUGCCAUCCUGUCUCUAUUCACCUUACAGCCUGUCUCUGUUUCUGCCAUCCUGUCUCUAUUUACCUCCCAGCCUGUCUCUGUUUCUGCCAUCCUGUCUCUAUUCACCCUCCACAAGCCUGUCUCUGUUUCUGCCAUCCUGUCUCUAUUCACCUCCCAGCCUGUCUCUGUUUCUGCCAUCCUGUCUCUAUUCACCCCCAAGCCUGUCUCUGUUUCUGCCAUCCUGUCUCUAUUCACCUCCCAGCCUGUCUCUGUUUCUGCCAUCCUGUCUCUAUUCACCCCCCACAAGCCUGUCUCUGUUUCUGCCAUCCUGUCUCUAUUCACCCCCCCUCCCCAAGCCUGUCUCUGUUUCUCUAUUCAUCCUGUCUCUAUUCACCCCCAUCCUGUCUCUGUUUUCUGCUCUGUUUCUGCCAUCCUGUCUCUAUUCACCCCCUCCCCAAGCCUGUCUAUGUUUCUGCCAUCCUGUCUUUAUUCACCCCCAGCCUGUCUCUGUUUCUGCCAUCCUGUCUCUAUUCACCCCCAGCCUGUCUCUGUUUCUGCCAUCCUGUCUCUAUUCACCUCCCAGCCUGUCUCUGUUUCUGCCAUCCUUUCUCUAUUCACCCCCCAGCCCUGUCCUGUUUCAAAUUCAAAAACCUGUCUCUGUUUCUGCCAUCCUGUCUCUAUUUUCUCUCUAUUCACCUCCCAGCCUGUCUCUGUUUCUGCCAUCCUGUCUCUAUUCACCUUCCAGCCUGUCUCUGUUUCUGCUAUCCUGUCUCUAUUCACCCCCACCCCAUGUCUCUAUUCACCCCCCCAAACCUGUCUCUGUUUCUGCCAUCCUGUCUGGAUAUCCUGUCUCUAUUCAUUCCCCAGCCUGUCUCUUUUUUUCUGCCAUACUUUCUCUGAUUCACAAGCCUGUCAGUUUCUAUCCUGUCUAUUUGAGCCCCCCAAGCCUGUCUCUGUUUCUGCCCUCCUGUGUCACCCCCCAGCAGUGUCAGUUUCUGAUGCUGUGUGA